UGCUUUACGCCCUACGCGACUCGACCUCGAACCUGCGCUCGAAAGCUGUCAAUUCAUCGUCUGUGCUCGGCACCUGCAUUCUACGUGCACUCUUUCAUCGACUGGAAUUCCGCUAGCUCCUGUCUCCGGCUAUCUGCGUUGCUACAGGAUGGCCAACCCCCGACAGCGUCGUAAAACCCGCUCCUCUUCAUACAAGCCUGUCCACCACUCCCGGCAAGCGAAAAAGCUCCUGAAAAAACAGCCAGUGAUCCGCGGCCCAAAAGCUCUCCAAGAGGCCUGGGACAGACGUAAAACUGUCCGGCAAAAUUAUGCGGCCUUGGGUCUCGCAACUUCUCUGAACCCUAGGGUCGCUGGUGGUGUCGAACGUGUCACGGCAGACAGAGAAGACAAUGGCGAUACUCUCGAGGUCGACAUGACAAGCUCGGAACCCUCUUCGUCAACCCACAAGGCCGACGCGAACAGUGGUAGCCUACCCAAGGGACAUGGCCGGAUUGUCCGAGAUGAGCAAGGGAAUGUCGUGGAGGUAGAGAUGGAAGACGAGGUCGAUGACGAGGCGCCGGAAGAGGAGCCUCUGAUCGAGGAGAGAGCCUCAGGCGUCACUCCCGAAACAAAAGAUUGGGUGACGAUGCCUGCACGGAAACAAGCGACGGAGGUUGUUCAAGCUCUCGAAAAAGCGUCGUCGUUGGCCAAGCCGGUACGGCGAUUCUCGUCGACGGGCGAGGGGCAAUACCUACGACGACUUGUUGAAAAAUACGGCGAGGACGUGGAGAAAAUGGCACGAGACAGGAAGCUGAACGUCGAGCAGCGGACUGUCGGACAGCUGAGCCGCGCGAUUCGCAAGGCGGGCGGGAUCGGCAAGCUGCAGAAGACACCGCGAUAGCGCAAGACGGGGUUGUCGCGCGGUGGAGGGACAUCGACCAGCCCGUGGUCGGAUAGUCUAAAUUUGAUGACCGUCGGUGUGGCGAGGGGCGAUUCCAGGCUCGAGUGUACAUAACUGACGUUACUUGCUUAGCAGUG